AUGAUUCAACCUCAGACCCAUUUGAAUGUAGCAGAUAACAGCGGGGCUGGAGAAUUGAUGUGUAUUCGAAUCGUAGGAGCUAGCAAUCGCCGAUAUGCUCAUAUUGGUGACGUUAUUGUUGUUGUGAUCAAAGACGCAGUUCCAAACAUGCCUCUAGAAAGAUCAGAAGUGGUCAGAGCUGUAAUUGUCCGUACUUGUAAAGAAAUUAAACGUGACAAUGGUAUGAUAAUACGAUAUGAUGACAAUGCCGCAAUUGUGAUUGAUCAAGAAAGAAAUCCAAAAGGAACGCAAGUUUUUGGUGCGAUUGCCCGAGAACUGAGACAGUUCAAUUUUACUAAAAUAGUUACAUUAGCCCCUGAGGUAUUAUAA